AUGUAUUCACAAAUAAUCAAAGAAUUUUUUCAAGGUCUAGUCGUCUGUUUUCGUGAAUUAUUCGAUGAAAGCGAUCCAGAAAUACGGAUCUUUACUAAAUUGGAACACGAUUAUUAUUCUCAAACACCAAUAUGGUGGUAUACAUAUCCAUGUUUCAUUUAUUCUUUAUUGAAUCAAGCAUUACGCACUCACGAAACUCAUGUUAUCAUCAAAAAGGGUGUUUUUAUUCGAGAUCUCCAUCGACAAAUUGAGCAGCUUCAUUCUGAUCAAGCAAAUAAUAAGCAAAUGCAAUCAUUUAUUGCCUAUCGUGGUCAAGGUUUAUCAAAAGUUGAUUUUGAUAAAAUAAUGAAAAACAAAGGUGGACUCAUAUCCUUCAAUAGUUUUCUGUCAACAAGUAAAGACAGAGAUGUUGCUCUUCUGAUUGUUGAUGCCAAUGGAAAUAAUGAAGAUACGAUAGGAAUACUUUUUGAAAUGACUUUCACCGAUCUAUUUCAUCAUCUCCUUUUGCCAAUAUUGAUCAAGUCACUUACUUUAGUCAAUUGGAACAAGAAAUUCUCUUUUCAAUGCAUACUGUUUUUCGCAUUGCUGAUAUCGAGAAAAUCGACAAUAACAAUCGUAUUUGGUAAGUGA